UGUGUACGUGUGUGUGCGCGCGCGCGUGUGGGCGUGGAGGAAAAUAACGUGCGGCGCGCGAGGGGGAGGAGAAGGCUGGAGCUGGAUGUGUGUAGCCGGGGGAGAACGUUAACAGCGGCGGAAAUGCAGCUCCCGCCGUCAUAUUAGCUCCUACGAGAGCCGGGAAACUGCGGGGGGAACGAAGCUGUGAAUGUGCGGAAGGAGGCAACCGAGCUCCGCGCCCCUGAAGUGCAGUUAGGGAGUUAAUUCACAGCUCCACGCCGAAGCCCAACCUCCCUUCCUGGAUGCGAAGCGUCGUCUCAACAUCAUCGAGCCACUUGUGACCAGCGGUCUGGCUCUCCAUUUCAGAAAGACUACAAACUUUAGCCAUGAUGUAGAUGAUGUUGGCAGCAUGGACAACAGCAGUGCUAUGUCAUCAACCACCCCCCCAUCGGCUCAACCCCUUAAGAAGGGAAGGAAGCUGGAGAAAUCAGAAGUGAUGGCUGAUUCGGCCCAGGCCACCAAUGAGGAGCUGCGGAGCAAGCUAAUGGACGUUCAAAUCGAGCUGCAGCAGGAGCGUGGCAAGCUCUGUAAGCUCCGUGAGCGUCUCCAGGAGCAGCGACAGGCUCGGGAGCUUGAGCAACACAAACAUGCAGUGGCCAUUACUGACCUACGGGCCAAACUCCAUGAAGAAAAGGUGCGUGAGGCUGCAGCUGCACGCGAGUCACUGGCACGGCAGCAUGAAGCAGAGUUGGCUCGGACCAUCAAGAUCCGGGACGCUGAGGUGCAGAGACUCCAGGGCCUUGUAAACGCACUGCGCGAUGGAGCAGCAGACAAACUCAAAAACGCUCUUCUUGGAGAGGCUCGGGAGGAGGCCAGGAGAGCCUUUGAUGGGGAAAGACUCAAGCUACAGCAAGAAAUCCAGGAGCAGAAAAUGGGCCGAAAGCAGGCCGAGGAAGCACUGGCAAAUGCUCUUCAAGCUGAUAAAGCCAAAGCAGCCGAUCUCCGCACAGCUUACCAACAGCACCAGGAUGAGGUGCAUCGCAUUAAGAGGGACUGUGAGAAAGACAUUCGUCGACUGAUGGAUGAGUUGAAGGCAAAGGACCGGGUGGUGUGUGCUCUUGAGAGGGAGCUGGGGGCGCAGGCAGGGUAUGCCCAGAAGCUCCAGCUCCAGAAGGACGCCCUGGAUGAGCAGCUGGGUCACGUACGAGAGGCUGAGAGACACAACCACGGCAGCCCCAAGAGAGAAGUGGUGUCUGGACUGGGGGAGAAUCCCGAACUGCUGAACAACCAGGAAGCAGAGGAACGUGACCAGAGGAGGUUCCAGCUAAAAAUCGCCGAGCUCCACUCAGUCAUUAGAAAACUGGAGGACAGAAAUGCACUGCUGGCGGACGAGAGGAACGAACUACUGAAGCGGGUAAGAGAAGCAGAGAGCCAGAUGAAGCCCGUGUUUGAGAAGAAUAAGCGUCUGUCCAAGAAAAAUGAUGAUCUAUUGCAAACGUUACAACGCAUGGAGGAAAAACUGAAGAACCUGAGCCGUGAGAACGCAGAGAUGAAAGAAAAGGCUUCCUCUUCUCGGCCACCAUCACAACAGCAAACAACACAGCCCCAGUUGAAGCGACCGAGUUCUCUGACGGACCUUAGUCACGCCCACGAGGAACAGGAAGUGGAGUUCCUCAAGCUGCAGGUUGCUGAGCAACGCGGCAUCAUUGAUGAGCUCACACAGGAACGAGAUCGAUUGGCGAUGAGCAAGAAAAACCGGAGGAAACCUGCCAAAUUGCCAAAAAGGCAUGUUGUGGAGACAUAUUUUGGAUUUGAUGAGGAGUCGAUAGACUCUGAGACCUCGUCUUUGACCUCAUAUAACACUGACUUAACAGACCGAACGCCUGCCACUCCCGAAGAAGAUUUGGAAGAGAAUGUUUCCCGCGAGGAGUCCGAGCUUCGUUUCCGUCAGCUCACCAGAGAGUACCAGGCUCUUCAGCGGGCCUACGCACUCCUCCAGGAGCAGACCGGGGGCUCUCUGGAUGCUGAGAGGGAGGCCAGGGUAAAUAACCGUGAACAACUGCAGAUGGAACUCAGCAGCUGCCAGGCCAAGAUUGUUGACCUGGAGAAGGCGCUGGCCGAGAGGGGGCAGGAUUCUAAAUGGGUGGAGGAGAAGCAAUACUUGAUCAGGACCAACCAGGAACUGCACGAGAAGAUGUGUGUGUUGCAGCAGGCGGAGUUGCGGCUGCAGGCUGAGGUUCAGGACGCUCGGGACCAGAAUGAACUGCUGGAGUUCAGAGUGCUGGAACUGGAAGAGAGGGAGCGCAGAUCUCCUGCCCUCAAUCUGCACAUGGCUGCAUUCCCUGAGAAUAGCAGCAGUGCCCUUCAGAUCUACUGCCACCAGGAAGGAGUAAAGGAUGUAAUCAUUCCUGAGCUGAUGAAGAAGCUGGAUAUUCUAGGGGAUAAUGGAAAUCUCCGCAAUGAGGAGCAGGUGGCAGUUAUCCAAGCUGGGACAGUGAUCUCACUCUGUGAAAAGUGGUUGAAGCAGAUAGACAGCACAGAGGCUGCUCUCACCCAGAAGAUGAUCGACCUGGAAAAUGACAAGGAGCUGUUUAGUAAGCAGAAGGGAUUCCUCGAGGAGGAGUUGGACUACAGGAAGCAGGCUUUGGAUCAGGCCUACCUGGAGCUGGAGGCCACGCUGUAUAGCGCUCUGCAGCAGGAGCAGCCGGCAUGCCGGGCGGUGGCCGAGUCGCUGACAGACAGGCAGAGGGAGGAGCUGAGGCUAGCCGUGGACAAGCUGCGGCGUCAGAUUCUCCGGCAGAGCCGGCAGUAUGACAGUCAAAUCUUACAGGAGCGCAUGGAGCUCCUACAGCAGGCCCAGCAGGUAAGGCUCAAAGCAAACCCGGUGGGAUUUUCGAGUCCUGCCCGUCCUCAGUCUGACCCCUGGUCUGAAACGUCUGACCCCACCACACCUCUGGUGCUAUGA